AUGUCCGCUCCCACCAAUAUCACCACCCCCGUUUUCGCUGCCCGGGAUAUUUCACUGCUGGUCAGUGGGUAUGCCCAAGACAACUUCCACCAAUGGGGAACCCUGGGACUGCUUGAGCAGGUACUCGGGCAGGGCCCUUAUAUCGCCAUCACCGACUGGGAGCUCAACGAGCUCAUGGCGCAGUUCUUCUGUGUCAUCAACCCCAACUCCCCGCAGCCGGGCAUCCUGCGGAUCAUCAUGACGCCCGAGUUCAUCUGGCUCGGCCUUCAUGCAGUCCAGACCAGCGCACCGCUCCCGCUGGCAAAUUACUCUCGCCACCUUUUGGCUGCCAUCCGCGACUCACCCCUGGCAACGGAGGUGAUGGCCUUCAAAAACCUCCACUUCGACAAUGAGUGGAUGGACCUCCUGCGCGCCCUGCUCGCGCACGUUGGUAGCAAGCAAGGCUCCCUCGCCCUUGCGACAAUGACCAUGGCCGUUGUUCCCGCCGCCAUGCCUGCCAACGUUCCCGCUCCCGUCUUCGUGCUGCCGGCGCAAGCCGUUGCACCGGAAAUCCCCAUGAUCGACUACGUUCCGAUAGUCGUGCCCCCGCCAGUCAUUGACCCCCAUUAUGGGGGAGGGGUGAUGAUCACGGGACGGGAUGGGAAGGAGGUACCCAGACACCGCUGGAGGUACUAG